AUGGAAGCCGUUCCCUACCACCCACUUCUAGAAGUUACGAAUGAAGAAUUCAGAUCCACCAGAAAAUUCUACGGUCUCGAAAACAUUAAAGUUUUAAAUGAAAGCCUUGACUCAGUGGAAGAAUGGAUAAAGAAGCAGGAUCAUUUGUCUGAAGCCGGUCGACAUUUGGAUCGUGAGACUUUAGAAAGACUUUUUUUACUCUCUCGAGCUUCUGUAGAGGGAACGAAAUUAAAAAUAGAAAAAUUUUUCACAACCAGGGGAAUGAUGCCCGAGCUGACUUUGAACAAAAGAAUUGAAGAAUUUGACAAACUUCUGGAUUUCUUGAUCUAUGUCCCGUUGCCGAAGCUACAUCCAAAAGAUAAUUCAAGAGUGAUGGUGACUCAUAUCAUAUCAGACAAAUCGGAAAAUUUCUCACUUCUCUCUUAUUUGAGAUUUUGUUUUUUCGUUGGAGAAUAUCGCAUUGGUUAUGAUUACAGUAUAGCCGACAGAUAUGUUAUAGAUCUGAAAAAUAUGAACAUGAAUUUACUAACCAAACUGAAUCCCAUUUUAUUAAAGAAAGCUGAAAUUUUAUGCACGGAAUGUAUCGGUACUAAGAUAAAAGGAAUUCAUCUUUUAAAUGCUCCACCAUUUGUGGAUAGAGUAGUUUACAUACUUAAACAAGGUCUUAAGGAAAAAGUGGCAAGCAGGCUUACCGUCCAUACUACAUAUGAAGAUUUCCAUAAACAAGUUCCGAAAGAAAUUCUACCCAAAGAUUUUGAUGGCGAAGGACCUAGCCUAUCAAAACUUGCUGACCAAUGGAAAGAUAUGCUAAAAUCAGAUGAAGUGAGAAAAGUCGGUGAAACAUUUGACAAAUUUGUUUCGGAUGAAUCAAAACGAUCAGAAAUGAAAUUCAACGAAGAAUACUUAGGAAUGCCUGGGUCUUUUAGAAAAUUAACUGUAGAUUAA